AUGAUGGCCGUACCUGCGGUCAUGUCUGGCGCAAGAGGAGGCUCCGGAUAUCAUUCCCCCAACGUCAGGCUGGAGGAUAAUGACUAUGUCGUGUACCAGAACUCGGAACAGCUGCACUCAGGUAGCAACCACGUGCUUCACUCUAAGGUGAGGAAAAAGGGUUUCUUCCCUCCGCGACAGGCUGUAUCUUGGGCGGAUAGCUCAGGGAGUAGUACAAGCAGCAUUGAGCCGGUGCCAUCCCACGAUUGCAAAGUGGCAGGGUGUGAGCGGAUGAGUGUCAACGUCAGUGGUAUGUAUUAUGAAACACGCCAGGCUAUCUUCAAUCGUCACCCAAACACCUUACUCGGGGACCCCCACAAACGGAAGAAAUACUACGACAAAAAACGAAAGGAGUAUUUCUUUGAUCGUCACCGGCCAACUUUCGAUGCGAUUUUCAACUACUAUCAGUAUGGUGGCAAACUUCACCGACCCCCUGCUGUCCCAGAUGAUGUCUUCCUAAUUGAGCUGGAGUUCUUUGAGAUUGAAAAAGAAGUGGUGAAUGAGUAUAAGAAGGAUGAAGGCUACACAGAGGAACAUAUUGUGUUGCCCACAAACGAAGCUAUGAAGGUAGUAUGGAUGCUUUUUGAAUACCCAGAGACUUCAAGCGCAGCCUUCAUCAUAGCCAUCUUGUCUGUGAUAUUCACAGUGAUUUCCAUCAUUCUAUUCUGUGUUGAAACGUUGCCAGUUUUCUCUACCUCGCAUUGCGUGGAGGGAGAGAGUCCGAACUUCCUCGACCCCUUCUUCAUCAUUGAAACCAUAUGCACAGCUUGGUUUACAUUGGAAGCAGUCAUCCGCUUUAUUUCUUGCCCAGGCAAAAUUCGAUUCUUCAAGGAUUUCAAAAACAUCGUGGAUAUAAUGGCUGUGGUGCCCUACUACGUUACCUUAUUCAACGUGCUUAUAAGCUUCAGCUGUGAGCGAGCUAAAUCAAGUGCUUCACUUGCCUUCCUUAGGGUCAUUCGCCUUGUCAGAAUAUUCAAAUUAACAAAACACUCCGCUGGAUUACAGGUUCUUGUCUUGACCUUUAAGGCCAGUGCUGAAGGCCUUGGUCUGUUUCUUGUGGCUUUAAUGGUAUGCAUCCUUGUCUUCUCAAGUGCGAUCUACUACUGUGAAGUUGGGACCGCGAACUCGCAAAUCGAAAGUAUUCCAGAUGGCUUCUGGUGGGCUGUGAUUACUAUGACCACUGUUGGAUACGGCGACAAAUACCCCGAAGGACCUUGGGGUAAGCUCAUUGGGUCCAUUUGUGCAUUAGCUGGUGUGCUAACGCUGGCCAUCCCUGUACCAAUCAUUACUGAAAACUUCAACAAAUUCUAUACUCACAAAACAGGACGAGGGCGAGGUAAAUAACCUCAACACGUGGUACGUAAGUCCUAUUCUUAGUACAAACUCACUUUCAGUCAAUCAAUAGAAC